GCCGAGCCCCGCCGGCCUGGGAGCCGCCGCCGCCCGAACAGGAAUUUGAAGAAGACGACCCUGUCCUGCCAAGAGCGUUUGGGUUCAAAGAAUUGGCGUUUUCCAGUGAGUAGCACCUUUCAGAAACGUUCCCGACCCCUCGCCGAGGUGAUCACGUGCGCUGCUGCGCUGGUCGGGUUUGGAAACCGAGCAUGGUUUUGUGGAUUGCCCACAGGAAAACAACCCAGAUCUUUAUUGUUGAAUUUGUAAAGUUAUCCGAACCAUCUGUUCCAAUGAGGCUGACAGCAGAGGUAACCGCAGGCACAGAGGGCAACGAGGAUCAAUAACCAAUUCCCCGGCUAGUCGUGGGAGACGCACGGAUGACCUUCCAGAAUAAAUAGCCAAGAUGGUGUGUUAAGUACCCAUGGUUAAAUGAUGCUGCCGUGUUGCUGAAGGCCUUUCCUUCGCUGGCGCCGGCGUGGGACUGCUGCGAGCCUGGCCUCUCCGUGGUUGUGUGGCUCUUCUGCUGAGGCCUCCUGCAUGCUCCUCCGUUGCAUGCUGGAUCGCUGGGCGGUGGUUUCAAAGGAUGCCCACGUAAUUUCUGGACGCCGAAGCCGGCGGGCGGUGCUGCAUUCCCUGCCGCCGUUGCCGCCACCGCCUCUGCUGGGAUCGAUCAUCUCCUAUUCUUUGUGUUGUCUCUCGAAUAGUUUUCAAAGGGUCAAACAUUUUCCAAAAACAGCUCUCCAAAAUGACAAGCCUGUUCCGGAGGAGCAGCAGCAAUGGCAGCUCGAGGAACAGCUCUUCUGCUCAGGAGCUCAAUAACAGCCGGCCCAGCCGGCAGGUGCGGCGGCUGGAGUUCAACCAAGCCAUGGAGGACUUCAAGACGAUGUUCCCCAACAUGGAUUAUGACAUCAUUGAAUGUGUCCUGAGGGCCAACAACGGGGCCGUGGAUGCCACCAUUGACCAGCUCUUGCAGAUGAACUUGGACGGCGGUGGCUAUGACGACAGCUCGGACUCCGAUGACAGUAUCCCCCCCGAGAUUUUGGAGCGGACUCUGGAACCAGACAGUUCGGAUGAAGAGCCCCCUCCCGUGUACUCGCCCCCUGCCUACGACAUGCACGUGUUUGACCGGCAGUAUCCCCAAGCUCCUCCCACCCCUCCUCCCAGAAUUGAUAUCCAGACUUCCUCCGGCCCUCCAGCGCCGCGGCGGUACAGGAACUGGAAUCCACCGCUCCUUGGCAACCUCCCCGACGACUUCCUUCGCAUCCUCCCCCAGCAGAUCAGCAGCGUGCAGAGCUCGCAAAGCUGCCAUCAGUCGCUGUCCUGUGAGAGCAGCCAGAGGUCCCAGGGCUCGCUGGAGCAAGAGAGGAAGUGGAAGCAGUACCUGGAGGACGAGCGCAUUGCCCUCUUCCUGCAGAACGAAGAGUUCAUGAAGGAGCUCCAGAGGAACCGGGAUUUCCUCCUGGCCCUCGAGAGAGAUCGAUUGAAAUACGAAUCAAAAAAAUCCAAGUCAAGCAGCGUUGCCGUCAGCAACAAUUUCAGUUUUUCUUCUGUAAUAUCAGGUGACGUAGCUCCCUCCAUAACCAGUGAGGCCAGCGGUGCUGUGUCUGAAGAUGCCUUAUUCAGGGACAAAUUGAAACACAUGGGAAAAUCGACACGCAAGAAGCUGUUCGAACUCGCCAGGGCUUUCUCAGAGAAGACCAAAAUGAGGAAGUCAAAAAGAAAACACUUGUUGAAGCACCAGGUGCUGGGGACCGGGGCAUCCACAGCUAAUCUUCUCGAUGAUGUGGAAGGACACUCGUGCGAUGAAGACUUCCAAGCAAGGCGGCAGCAGCUACACGAGGAACAGGAAACACCGAAAGAAGGGCAGUAAGUGAUCCCAGAUCCAUUACCCGAAUCGGGCUUUAUGGCUGGAAGAGAACUUAUCAAAGGCUUAAUAAGAAGAUGACUGAACAGGAGAAAAAAAGCAGUCCCUUGGCUGUUUUUUCUUCUCCCCUGCUGCUGUACUCUUUUGAAGUACAAGUAUUAAAAUGAGGCACAAUGUUUUCU